CCUAUCAUUUGACGCAUUUGACAGCGGUGAGUCAAACUAAACGUCAAAAUAACGACAUUGUUAUUAAUUAAACAAUCUACGAUGUUUUUCUCCUUUAAAUCGAAACCGUUCGGAGCGUAAAAUCAUCUUUGAACAAUAUCAAGGAGUAUUACAAACCAAAAAAAUGGAGGCGGCCCCCCGAUUGCCCAUGAUUAGCUUUCCAUUUAAACAGAGCACCGAAAAUGUUUCUUUCGCUCAACAAUUAAAACCGUACAUAGCUAAUUUUUACCAUGAAGACCCGGAGAGUUAUUCAACAGAAUUUAACCGCUUGGAGAGUCUACGUAACUCCUCGAUGUUCCCACAACAAUCCAUUAACAGUUUACAAUCCCAAAAACGAUAUUACGCCCAAUUAAGUUUCUUAAAAUCAAGAUUUCCUAUGCAUGAAGGUCAACCGUGUGCUGUAAUUUUUUCAUGGAAAGAUCCUUAUUCUAAUGCUUCUUGUGCUGUGGCUGAUAUCAAAUUUGAAAUGAUGUGUGUUUUAUAUAACAUAGCAGCUUUACAUACUCAAUUAGGUUCUGAAAGUCCUCGAUCAUCUUCAGAGGAAAUGAAAAUUGUUUGCACACAUUUUCAAUACGCCGCUUGGUGUUUUCAAACACUACGUGAUAAUUACUCAACAAUGCUUAGUUAUCAUGAUGCUGUUGAAAUCACUCACGCAAUGCAAUUAAUUUGUUUUGCCCAAGCACAAGAAUGUAUACUUGAAAAAAGCAUGUUAGAUAAUAGAAAAGCCACAAUUAUAGCUAAAGUAGCCAUGCAAGUAGUUGAUUAUUACAAACAAGCAUUUGCUGCAAUGCAGACAUUAAGAGAAGAUGCGGAUGGUUUAAAAAUCACUAAAUACACCUUAAAAUAUCUUGCAUUUAAAUGCGAAUAUCACCGAGCUAUCGCUUUACUUUAUAUGGGUCAACAAUCUGAGGAACAACAAAAAAUGGGCGAAAGGGUCGCGUUUUAUCAAGCCUCUUUAGAACAUCAUGAAGAAGCUAGGAAAUAUGCUAGUAGUAUGUCUUCUUCGCAAGUUGCACCUUUCAAAGAAGCAUUAACGUUCACUCUUGAUGUUAUUGAGGGUAAAAGGAAGGCUGCUAAAAAUGAAAAUGAAUUUAUUUAUCAUGAAGAAGUUCCUAAUAGAGAUGUGUUACAAGAAAUUAAAGGAGCUUCACUUGUUAAAGGAAUUCCUUUUAAUAUAAAUGAUCCAGAAAUUUCAGGCCCUGAUAUUUUUGCACGUUUAGUUCCUAUGCAAGCACAUGAAGCGUCAUCACUUUACAGCGAGCAAAAAGCCCAAUUAAUGCGUCGAAUGGGCGAAUUGAUUGAAAUAAAAGAUCAAGCAUUAGCCGAAUUUAUGUCCUCUUUGCAAUUGGAAGUUCUAAAUCAGAUUCAUCAAUGUAAAGGACUCCCUCAAGAUAUAAUCGACAGAGCUGCAGCUUUAUCAGCAAGAAACACAAUUUGUCAAGAUCUUUCGGCGGUGAUGACAAAGCUUUCAGGUAGUUUUAUUGAUGUCGAAGCAAUGUUACGCGACAUCCAAGAAUUGUUAAAAGAAGAAGAAUCUAAAGAAAAAGAGUACCAAAGCUUAAUGGGGAAAAGGCCACCGUCGAUAAUCGCUACUGAUUUAUCAAGGGAAGCCGCGAAAUAUCAAGAAGCUCAUAACAAGGCAUCCGAUUCGAAUCAAAAUUUACAUCGUGCGAUGAUGGCGCAUGUCACGAAUAUUAAAUUAUUAGCGAUGCCUCUGCAACAAUUACAGCAACAGAUACCGAGUAUAGAGUUGCCUAAUCCGAAUAUUGACGAAAAACAGCUUAGGGAAAUACAAAUGUUGUUGGGUAAAGUUGAAGAAAUGAAAUCACAAAGAAUUAUGUUAUGGAAUCAAUUUCGUGAAGGUAUUCAUAAAGACGAUAUAACAGGGAUUUUAGUAACGAAAAAAUCAUCGGAAAAAUUAGAUGAUAUUUUUACAAAAGAAUUAAUGAAACAUAAAACAGCCUCUGAGUUAAUUGAAAAAAAUGUUGGUGCUCAAGAUAACAUCGCGAAAGCUUUAGUGGAAGCUUACGCCCAGUUUACUUCCGCCAGAAAAUAUAUUCAAGAUGUUACAACGAAAAGAAGUACUUUUAUUACCAAUUUAAUCGCUUCUUACGACGCCAUUGAUGAUCUGUUGAGCAAAGCAAACAAAGGAAUUGAAUUUUAUAACAAACUAGAGACGAAUGUAAGCAAAUUAUUCCAAAGAAUUAAAAGUGCUUGUAAAGUUCAAGACGAAGAAAGAGAACAGAUUUUAUUAAAAAAUAAAGAAGUCAAACCUGAACCUAUUAUUAGUGCAGGUUUAACAACAACCAGAGGUCCUAAACUCAAAGAUUACUUAGAUAACAUGAAAGGUGAUAAACUUUCAGUUAAAAUGGAUAAUUUUAACCCAGUUUAUGCAGUUGGAUCAGAUUCUUUAUGGCCACCAGGUGUUAGACCAACUCCUGUUGGUUCUGAAAUAACCACCACAGCUUCUAGCAACACUUAUGUUGGUGGUGAACGCGUUGAUUAUAGUCAGCUAGCUUAUGGAUCAUCAAGCCAGACAAAUUCCGUUUAUACUUAUAGCGCAGGUUAUAAUCAGCCCAUCACAAAUCCAGGACAAGGUUAUAACAGCGAUUAUACGCAAAAUAUGAGUUAUGGAACCAGUGUUGUUAGUGGAAAUAACCCAGCAAUGACUCAAUAUUAUCAGGGAAUGAAUAAUACUGGAGGUAAUAACAUGGUUGAUUCAUCAAAUUAUGGAGGGUAUAGUGGAUAUGGUUAUCAAGAAGCUGCAUCACAAGGAGGAGUUAACUAUACGCAACAAGGAAUGAAUUUUAAUCAAGGUUAUGGUGGGGGUUAUAAUAAUAUGGGGUAUGAUCAAAAUUUACCAGGAAGUACCCCAAAUGUAAGUGGAACUAAUCAGAACCCAAGUGGUAGUAAUCAAAAUCUAAGUGGAGUCAAUCAAGACCCAAGUGCAUUCAGUCAAAAUCAAAGUGGAUUCAACCCAAAUCCAAGUGGAUUAAGUCAAAAUCCAAGUGUAUACACCCAAAAUCCAACAUUAAGUAAUCAAAAUUCCGUUGGAAGUAUUGCAAAUCCAACUGGAAUUGUUCAAAACCCAACUGGAAUUGUCCAAAACCCAACUGGAAUUGUUCAAAACCCAACUGGAACUGUUCAACAACCCAUUCCCAUUACACCUAAUUCUUCUGGAACUAUUCAAAAUACAACUACACAUAUUCAACAACCCAUUGGUGUUCCUCCAAAUUCCACUGGAAUUCUUCAAAAUCCAACUGGAAUGAUUCAAAAUUUAGCUGCACCUCUUCAAAGUCCAUCAACGAAUAUUCCGAAUCAAAACACAAUAUAUCACGGCGAAUACGUUCCUCAAAGUGUACAUCAAGGAUACUCAACAGAACCUACACAAUCUCUAACUAGAACAUCAAUGGCAACUUGGCAAAAUCUCCCGACGAUUUCGAAUAGUUACACUUCUACUGGAAGUCAACAAAAUGCCUAUGAAACAUAUUCAACUCCUGAUAACAAUUUAGAUGAUAUAUUGUCGGAGAGAAUGGCCGCUUUACUUGCUAAAAAUAAGCAAACGCCAAAACCGCAAGGUGCUAAUGUUAAUUAUUCGCAAUAUGAUUAUGUGGGUUAUGGGGAAAAUUAUCAACCUGGUUUUGUGGGAACUGAUCAAGCGUCUAUUUCUGGAAGUGUUCACAGUGCCCAAAGUGCUACAUCUUAUUGGGGCGAACAACAAUCAGGUGUUGUAUCUCAAGUUUCUCAACCGCAAAUUGUUCAAACGUCUCAGCCACAGACAUCGUUUUCGGAUUCAGCUUAUGGAAGUCAAAGCACGUUUAAUUAUUUAGACCAAAACAAAUUUUCUUCUGCAAAUCCAGAAGAAUAUCAACAAUACUAUCAAAAUCAACCUAAUUUGCAAUAUUAUGAUUAUUCUCAGCAAGGUUACAGCGGCCAAAAUUAUUACAAUUACCCGAAUUAUUCAACAGCUAAUUACCAAACAGUUCCAACUGUUUCAACAGUACCCCAAACUCUUCAACCGACUCAUUCAAACACAAGUACGACUACUAAGGAUGUUUCAAAAAACUCAAUUUCUCCAAAAAAAGAAAGUAGUAUAGAUUUAUUAUCUGGACUUGAUUUUAAUAUAUCCCAAGCUCCUUUGGUACCUCAAACUGAAAUUAAAAAGGAAGAAAAACCACAGGAAGUAGUUGCAAAACCAUCAACGAUUGAAAAUACGAAUCCACCGAAAAUGCCUGUAAAAACAGAAAGUGAUGUUGUGAAUAAAAUUAAGAAAAAAUUGGAACGUCCAAAGACUGACCCCUUCCAAAAUGUAGGCGUCGUUGCAACGUUUCUUCAAGAAGUCGACAAAUUUGAAAAAUUUUGCGACACCUUGUUUACUAAAACUUUAAACGGACCAACUAAUUUAGAUUUGAAAUGGAAAGAAAUCCACGAUCGACAAGAAAAUGAGAUUUAUAAUAAAAGCAUUUCUAUUGCGAGAUGUUAUCCAUUGAAAAAUCGCUUUGCUGAUAUUUUACCUUACGAUUAUAGCCGUGUUGAAUUAAAAACGACUGUUGACGAUUAUAUCAACGCGUCUUACGUAAAAGAUUCGUCGCAAAAUUGUCCUAUUUUUAUAGUAACACAAGCACCAACUCAAACAACAAUAGCUGACUUUUGGGCUAUGGUAUUUGAACAAGAAAUUGACAUUGCAAUUUGUCUUUUAAACAACAAUGAAAUUGAAAACGAUGGUUAUUGGCCAAAAGAAACGGGCAAAGACAUUUUUAUUGCAAAUAAAGUAAUUUCUUUAGUGAGUACAGUUACUAAAGAUCAUUGGGUUGAAAGAAGAAUUACCGUCAGUUUACCAGAAAAAAGAAAAUUUAAAACUUUAGUACAUUUACAGUUUACUGCUUGGUCUGGAAGCGUUUUUUCAACAACUCCAGUUCCUUUUGUAAAUUUUGUGAAAGAAACCCUAACAAUAUGUGAUCAAAUGGACGUUUGUUAUCCGAUUUUAGUCCAUUGUUCCGCUGGAAUUGGAAGAAGUGGGUUGUUUUGUGUUUUAAUGGCGGCAAUUCUUGAAGUUAUGAUUAAUCCUAGUGUACUACCUGAUAUUCCUUUAAUCAGUGGGAAAAUGUCUUGUAAAAGAAGGAAUAUUUUAAGGGAUAGAGAGCAUUUGAAAUUUUGUUAUACAGCAUUCCUUUAUUAUUUGAAAGAAUUACAAACUAGAUAUAAGCCAGAAACUUCUGGUCAUUCAAGAAAAGCGUCAACAUCAUCGUUGAACAUUCCUCCAGUAGUUGAUGAUCCAUUCAGUUCACUCGAUCCAUUAUGGGCAACUAAAAAGAAAUAAAUUUUAAAGUAUAUUAUUUGAAAAUUAAUUUUAUAUCAGAAGUGCUUUAAAAGAUAUUUUAAACUUAAACUUAGAAUUUACUGUAUAGAAGUUCUUGUAUUAUUUCAGAAUUUAUUGUACUAUUUACUUGUUGUAGUGAACCAACUGACGUAUAUCUACAUUAAAUUAUAACUAAACUUGUAAAA